AUGUGGUUUUGGUCUUCAUUUGAUUUCACUGAGACCUUGAAGUCAGACCUAAGUGGUAAGUUUGAGAAUGUCACCAUGGCCCUCAUGUACCCACCACACAGAUACAAGGCCAAAGAGUUGCAUGAUGCCACAAAGGGUUUAGGAACCAAGGAAGGUGUCUUCAUUGAAAUCCUGGCUUCUCAGACCAAGAACCAGCUGCAGGAGAUAAUGAAAGCAUAUGAGAAAGACUACGGAUCCAGACUAGAGGAAGAUAUCCAAGCAGAUACCAUCUGCUACCUGGAGAGGAUCCUAGUGUGCCUCCUUCAGGGCAGCAGGGAUGAUAUGAGUAGCUUUGGACCUGGACUGGCCCUCCAAGAUGCACGGAAUCUGUAUGCAGUGAGUGAGAAGAUCAACAGUACUGAUGAGAUGAAAUUCAUCACCAUCUUGUGCAUGUGCAGUGCCACACACUUGAUGAGAGUGUUUGAGGAAUAUGAGAAAAUAACCAACAAAAGCACUGAGGACAGCAUGAAGAGUGAGACCCACAGCUCACUGGAGGAGGCUAUGCUCACAUUCAACUGCCAUCUUGGCUGCUCCCAGUGUUCAGCCACAGGCGCUGCCAUCCUGGGCAUUCACCCAAAGACCGUGGCCCGGAGGACUGAAGCAGCCAGCGGCAGCAGCAGCGGGGGAUGA